CACCGAGUGGUGCUCGUCCUGGGUGGACUCUGUGUUUCCUGUGUUGUUGCUGCCUAUCUUAUGUCAUCAAGAUCUGCGUGCAUUCUUCCGUGCUCAUUCAUACUAUAAAUAUGUUGACUGCAGCUAGAAGUUUAAAGGCGCUUUGCAUGUUUUUUUAAGCAUGGAAAUAAUAAGGGAGCGAAACUGAGACAAUAUUGAUGGGACAGUCUAAUGCUUUAGCUUCUUUUCUUUCCCCCAGCACAUUGGCAAAGGGCACGGGGCUGCAGGAACGCGAUCGACAGCGUGUUGGACGGGCUUCUCGCGACUCACUGGUGUCCUUUGGAACUCGUGGCGACCGCAAAUUGAGGCGACAAAGUAUAGCUUGGAGG